UAGAAUGGAGACUUGGAAGAUGUUUUGGGGGAUCGUCUUCCUUGCAGCUAGUUUUGGCUUCAUCGAGUCACAGAGGAUUGUCUGCAGGGAGGCCUCUGUGGGAGAUGUCGUCUUUCUAGUGGACUCCAGCAUCAGCCCCCAAGACGCCCACAGUGUGAAGAACUUCUUGUACAUCCUAGUGAACAGCUUCAAUGUCAGCAGAGAGACCAUCCAUGUGGGUCUGGCCCAGUACAGUGACGUGCCUCAUUCAGAGUUCCUGCUCUCCACCUACCACCGCAAAGGCAACGUGUUGAGGCACAUUCGGCAGUUUCAAUUUAAGCCUGGGAGCAAGAAGAUGGGUCUAGCCCUGCAGUUCAUUCUAGAUCAUUACUUCCAGGAAGCAGCAGGGAGCCGGGCAAGCCAAGGGGUGCCUCAGGUUGCCAUGGUGAUCAGCAGUGGCCCAGCUGAGGACCAUGUCCGUGGACCUGCCAAGGCAUUAAGGAGGGCAGGCAUCCUGCUUUAUGCUGUUGGUAUCAGAGAUGCAGUUUGGGCAGAGCUCAGGGAGAUUGCCAGUAGUCCCCAGGAGAAUUUCACCUUCUUUAUUCCCAACUUCUCUGGACUGGGCAGUCUCGCCCAGAAGCUGCGGCAUGAGCUCUGUGCUACUUUGGCAAAGGCAGCUCAACCUGUUGACCACAUCUCUCCAGCUUGCAGAGAAGCAGCCCUGGUGGACAUUGUGUUCCUAGUGGACAGCUCAACCAGCAUCGGACCCCAGAACUUUCAGAAGGUUAAGAACUUCCUUUACUCCGUUGUCUUGGGGCUUGACAUCAGCAGUGACCAGGUCCGAGUGGGACUCGCCCAGUAUAGUGACAAUAUCUACCCAGCCUUUCAGCUGAACCAAUACCCUCUGAAGAGCAUGGUCUUGGAGCAGAUCCAGAAUCUGCCCUACCGCACAGGAGGCACAAACACGGGGAGCGCCCUGGAAUUUAUCAGGACUAACUAUUUGACUGAGGCAGCUGGCAGCCGGGCCAAGGACAGAAUUCCUCAGAUAGUUAUCCUGGUGACAGAUGGGGAGUCAAGUGAUGAGGUCCAGGAGGCAGCUGAUCAGUUGAAAGAAGAUGGAGUUGUUGUGUAUGUGGUAGGAGUCAAUGUCCAGGACGUCCAGGAGUUGCAAAAAAUAGCCAGUGAGCCAUUUGAGCAGUUUCUCUUUAACACUGAAAACUUCAACAUCCUGCAGGAUUUCUCGGGAAGUAUUCUUCAGACUUUGUGCUCAGCGGUGGAGGAUAAAAUAAAAGAAUUCACCAAGACCUAUGCAGAUGUGGUCUUUCUUGCUGACACCUCGCAGGGCACAUCAUGGGCCAGUUUCCAGGGGAUGCGGAAUUUCAUCUCCAGAGUGGUUGGCAUGCUGGAGGUCGGCAGGGACAAGUACCAGAUUGGGCUGGCUCAGUAUGGUGAUCAAGGUCACACUGAAUUUUUGCUCAAUACCUACAAGACCCAGCAUGAGAUGAUAGUUCACGUCAACGAGCACUUUGUGCCUCGGGGUGGCUCCAGAAGGACAGGCAAAGCUCUGCGAUACCUUCGUCAGACCUUCCUCCAGGAGGAAGCAGGAAGCCGGUUUCUCCAGGGCAUUCCUCAGUAUGUGGUGGUCAUUACCUCGGGCAAAUCUGAGGAUGAGGUCCGGGAUGCUGCACAGAGACUGAGGAAGAAAGGCGUGAGAGUCAUUUCUGUGGGUGUGCAGGACUUUGACAGGACAGAACUGGAAGGGAUGGGGUCCCCAGACCUUGUAUACGAGAUGCAGGGAGAAGGUGGAGUCAGACAGGUAAUGCAGGAUGUGAAUAUGGUAAUGCAAAGGAUGGCAGAGCCGGGCUUCAGGAUUGAGGCCGUGGACCCUGUAGAAGCAUGUCCAACUGCUAUCCCAGCUGACUUAGUGUUCCUCAUUGAAGAGUUUAGCAGGGUUAGGCAAGCCAAUUUCCAGCAAGUUGUCAAUUUCUUAAAGAGCACUGUCAGCUCUCUAAGCACUCAUCCUGAUGUCGUGAGAAUUGGCUUGGUCUUUUACAAUGAGGAACCACGUCUUGAAUUUUCACUGGAUACAUUUCAGAAUCCAGCCACAAUCUUGGCGCAUUUAGACAAAUUAACCUACCGGGAAAGAAGAGGAAGGACAAAGACUGGUGCUGCUUUAGAUUUCCUAAGGAAGGAGGUUUUCAUUCAGGAGAAGGGCAGCCGGUCCAACCACGCUGUACAGAAGAUAGCUGUGGUCAUCACGGAAGGCUUCUCCCAAGAUGAUGUGUCCAGACCCGCUUCUCGCCUCCGGAAGGCAGGGGUCACCAUCUACACGGUGGGCACCCAGCAUGCCGCAGACAGUCAGGACCUGGAGAAGAUAGCGUCAUAUCCUCCUGGGAAGCAUGCCAUCACCCUGGAGUCCUUUUUGCAACUCUCCGUAGUGGGGAGCAUGCUCACAGACCAGCUCUGCCCUGAGACUGUGGGCAAAACAGCUUUUGUUCCUUCUGCCCCACAGGAAGGUUGUGUGCAUGUUGCAGAUAUUUACUUCCUUAUUGAUGGGUCUGGCAGUAUCAGCCCAGAAGAUUUUCUUGAAAUGAAGAUGUUCAUGAAUGAGGUGAUAAAGAUGUUCCAGAUCGGGCCUGACAAAGUACGGUUUGGAGUCAUUCAGUACUCAGACCAAAUUAAAAGUAAAUUUAUCCUCAGCCAGUAUCCCAGUGUGGCAGAGCUGAAGGGAGCCAUUGAUGACAUCCAGCAGGGGGGAGGGGGCACCACAACCGGGGAGGCCUUGAAAAACAUGACUCAGGUCUUUGCAGACACUGCCCGAAUCAAUGUUAAUCGAUAUCUCAUCGUCGUCACUGAUGGUGAAUCUUCGGACUCUGUGGCUGAGGCUGCAGAAGGAUUAAGGGGAAAUGGAAUCAUCAUUUACGCUGUUGGAGUAAAAAAUGCUAACACCAAGGAGCUUAAGGAAAUAGCUAAAGACAAGUAUUUUUUCGUGCAUGAGUUUGAUUUAUUGAAGGAUACGCAAAAAGAGUUGGUACAACAGAUCUGCUCAGAGACCUGUAAGGAAGCUGACAUUAUCUUCUUGAUAGAUGGUUCAGAAUCCAUCUCUCCAAAAGAAUUUGAAAAGAUGAAGGGAUUCAUGGAGAAAAUGGUGAACCGAUCUAAUAUUGGUGCUGAUAAAAUUCGAAUUGGCCUUUUGCAGUUCAGCUCAACCCCCCGGGAAGAAUUCAGACUCAACCAAUACUCUUCAAGGAAGGACAUUUGCAGAGCCAUCUCAAAGGUUCAGCAGAUGAACGACGGCACCCACACCGGGAAAGCCCUGAAUUUCACUCUGCCUUUUUUUGACAGUUCAAGAGGAGGGAGACCCAGUGUUCAUCAAUAUUUGAUUGUGAUCACCGAUGGGCUUUCCCAGGAUAAUGUAGCCAUACCAGCCAAGGCCCUCAGGGACAGAAACAUAAUUAUUUUUGCCAUUGGGGUGGGAGAAGCCAAAAAAUCUCAGCUUUUCGAGAUCGCUAAUGACCAGGACAAAGUGUACCAUAAACAAAAUUUUGAGUCCCUGGAGAACCUGGAGAAGGACAUUCUUUAUAAGGCCUGCAAUCCUGAAGGAUGCAACGUGGAUUUGUUUAUAGGAAUUGAUAUCUCAACUCCUUCAAACCAAGUUCAGCAGAAGCUUCAAAGGUUAUUGUCAGGGGUGACACAACAGUUGGCCUUGCUUCCUAACAUCAGUUGUGGCUUUCCUCAUGAGAUCAACCCGAGGUUCCGCUACUUGGUUCCUGGCUCAAAUGGCCAGCUUAUCUUUGACUCAGGCUUUGAGAAAUACAGUGAUGAGCUCAUCCAGAAGUUCCUGGCCAAGAAUAGCUAUCUGAAUGUGAAUUUUUUGAAGUCCCUGGGAGAGAAGGCUCUCCAUUUCUCCUCUGCUAAAGUGAAGGUCCUUUUAGUGUUUACAGAUGGACUGGAUGAUGAUUUAGAGAAACUGAAGGAAACGUUGGAGCUUCUGCGCAAUGAUGGAUUGUCUGGACUCCUAAUCAUUGGCCUGGAAGGUGUGCAUAAAUUAGAAGAGCUCCAGGAGCUAGAAUUUGGCAGAGGGUUUGCAUAUAAGCAACCUUUGAGCAUCACGCUGCAAUCCCUCCCGAACAUCUUACUGAAGCAACUUGACACAAUUGUAGAAAGAACAUGCUGCAAUAUUUAUGCAAAGUGUUUUGGAGAAGAUGGGUACAGAGGUGACUUUGGGAGUCCUGGGAGGAAGGGCGGGAAGGGUUUUGAUGGAGUCCCCGGUCAUCCUGGUGAAGAAGGGGGUCAUGGAGAAAGAGGCCCCCGGGGUCUUCCUGGACUCCGAGGUGAGGAAGGAUGCCUGGGUAUGAAGGGACCUCCGGGAGCAACAGGAUUUUCAGGAGAGAAGGGCUUGCCGGGACUGCCAGGACAACCUGGAGAGCGCGGAGAGCCCGGGUUAAGGGGAGAUCCUGGGGCUCCUGGAAGUGAUAGUUACAUCCAAGGCCCUAAGGGAGAAAAAGGAAGGCGUGGCCAUCGGGGCAACCCUGGUGAGGAAGGUGUGGAUGGCUUGGAUGGAGAACAGGGACCAAGAGGCAGGCAAGGACCACCAGGAACGUUUGGACAAAGAGGCUCACUGGGUGCUCAGGGGACUCCUGGGCCUCCAGGGCCAAAAGGUUCAAAAGGAAAAGAUGGACCAAGAGGAAUGAAGGGAGAGCUUGGUGCUGCAGGAGAAAGAGGCCCACAGGGUCAACAAGGACCAAGAGGACAACCUGGUUUUCUUGGUUCGGAUGGAUAUGGACAUCCAGGAAGAAAAGGAACAAAGGGCGAACCUGGAUUCCCUGGCUAUCCUGGUGCACAAGGAGAAGAUGGUGACCCAGGACACCAAGGAGAGAAGGGAGCAAAGGGAGUGAGAGGGAAGAGGGGUAAUGCUGGCUUUCCUGGAUUUGCUGGAACUCCAGGUGACCAAGGCCCACCAGGACAAAUGGGCAUCAAGGGUCCCAAAGGUUUGGUAGAUAUGACGCCUUGCGAAAUUGUUAAUUUCACACGAGAACACUGCUCUUGUGCAAAAGGUAUUUCCAAAUGUCCAGCAUUCCCGACUGAAGUGGUCUUUGCCUUGGACAUGUCAAGUGAUGUCUCCCAGCUGGAUUUUGAGAGGAUGAGAGGCAUUUUAUUAUCUCUGUUGAUGAAGAUGGAAAUAAGUGGGAGUAACUGCCCAACGGGUGCCCGAGUGGCCAUCGUUUCCUACAAUACCAAAACAGAUUACCUGGUUCGUUUCUCAGACUACAAGGGGAAGCGUGCACUCCUGGAGGCUGUCAGGAAAAUCCCCUUGGAACGGUCAUCUGGCCACAGGAACCUCGGGGCCACCAUGGCGUUUGUGGCAAGACACGUGUUCAAACGUGUGCGCUCGGGCCUUCUCAUGAGGAAGGUAGCUGUGUUCUUCCAGGCAGGCUGGACCUAUGAUGCAGCUUCCAUCAGCACAGCUACCCUGGAGCUUGGUGCAGUGGACAUCAUCCCUGCGGUCAUCACCUUCACGGAAGAGCACAACCUCCCAGAUGCCCUGCUGAUGGACAGCAGAUUUCACUUGUUCCCCUGGGAGACGGAGCACCAGCAGGAUGUGGAGCACAUGGCUCGCUGCACUCUCUGCUACGACAAGUGCCGACCGGCUCCGGAAUGCCGCAGGCCCUGGCCGCAGGCGGUGGAUGCGGACCUGGCGUUUGUGGUGGACAGCUCCCAGGGCGUGGGCGCCCACGUGUACCGCGGGGCCUUGAGUCUGGUGGACGCCGUGCUAGACGACCUGGAGGUGGCUGCGCAGCCAGGCGUGUCGCGCGAUGGGGCGCGUGUGGCCCUGGUGACACACACGACGCCGGGCUUCUGGCCGGGCGGGGGUCGCUCACCUGUGCUUGAGGGCUUCCGCUUGACCUCCUACGGUCACCGGAUGCAGAUGCAGAGACACGUCCGUGAGGCCGCGGGCCGCCCCCUGCAGGGAGCCCCCGCCCUGGGCCACGCCCUGGAGUGGACGCUGGAGAAGGUGCUCCUGGCGGCCCCUCUGCCGCGGAGGGCACAGGUUCUCUUUGCCAUCGUGGCCAGCGAGACAAGCAGCUGGGACAGGGAGAAGCUAUGGACCCUGUCCCUGGGUGCCAAGUGCAAGGGCCUCACCCUGUUUGUGCUGGCCAUGGGCCCCGGCGUGGGGGCCCGUGAGCUGGCCGAGCUGGCCCACGUGGCCAGUGCCCCCUCUGAGCAGCACCUGCUGCGCCUAGGAGGGGUCUCGGAGCCGGAGGUAGCCUACGCCCGGGGAUUCACGCGAGCUUUCCUGAACCUCCUAAAAAGUGGAACAAACCAGUACCCACCCCCAGAGCUUACUGCAGAAUGUGGGGGCCCAAACCGUGGGGACACUCUGCUGCAAUCAGACAUGCCUAUCAAAAGGUCACCCAACCGCCAGUUUGGUAUGUCUGGCAUUGCUGAUGAUUGGGAAGCACUUGAAGCAACAGACACUUUUCUAGAAGAGAAGAGAAAAGGCAUGACAACAUCUAUAACUCUGCAAGAAGCACUUGAAAAUUAUGAAAAUGAUGAAUAUGACAUUGAAAAAAAUGAACAAGAAACACCAGCAAAACAAGAAGAAAUUAGUAAAGAAAUAAAUUCAGGCACUGCCUAUGGUCCUUGUUCCAUGGAUCCAAUGGAAGGCGAGUGCCAGGAUUACACCCUGAAGUGGUACUACGACAAGGAAGAGCGGGCUUGCCAACAGUUCUGGUACGGCAGCUGUGGGGGCAAUGCCAACCGCUUUGAAACCAGGGAAGAAUGUGAGGCUCAGUGUGACCCAACACCCCUACAGAGUUAG